AUGGAGGUCGUCAGCAUCGCCGAAAGAAGCACUGAGCAAUUCGUCAGCUUGUUUUACGAACAAUACGAUAAGCAGCGUAAUCUGCUUGGCAACCUGUAUCGAGACAACUCUGCCAUUUUGUGGAAUGGCAACGCAUUUUCAGGUGCUUCUCAGUUUGCCGAGUUUUUGAGCCGUUUACCAGCCUCACAGCAUGAAAUCACUGCAUACGAUUGUCAACCUAUCGCUGCAACCAUGAAUCCCCAAGGCACCUGUGGUAUCCUCAUCAAUGUCACCGGCAUGGUCAAAUAUGAAAACAGCCCUGGCAAGCAAUCCUUUUCUCAAACAUUUAUGCUCGUUCCGGAUCAAAAUCAAGCUACCAACUACUUUAUCCAAAGUGACAACUUUCGGUAA